UUGCCAAAAGUCCACGGCCAGCAGAAAGUUCCCAGGUGCUGACGCAGGGCCCUGCCCCGAGAUACGAGGGGCUCGAGCAGCGGGUGUGCAGCCUGCUCGGUGCAUGGUGUGGGGCUGGGAUGGGGCUGUGCCGGCUCCAAAGCUUCUCCUGAGUAAGCAGCUUUGUGAACCCGAACCGCAUUUGCCCUGCGAGCAGCGAGGUGACAGCAGCAGCCACGGCUCGGUGCUGAACUCGGGGACGGAGGGACCUGUCCCCAUCCAGGACACCAUGGCAGGUGACACGGAGCCCUCCAACACCAUCAAACUGCUGCACCUGCUUUUCCUCUCCACCUCGUGGGGRAUGCAGAUCUGGGUGACCUUUGUGGCUGGUAGGUUGGGCUCUGGGGGGAGGCUCAGGGGAGGGGGCUUUGCCCCAGGGCUGACUCGCUCUCCCCUCGCAGGGUUYGUGAUGAGCAGGCACCUCCCUCGCCACACCUUCAGCUCCAUCCAGCGCCAGCUCUUCCCCUACUACUUCCACAUCAGCUCCACGUGCGCCUUCCUCAACCUGGCCCUGUUUGCCAUGUCCCACCCCAGCGAGCGGCUGGCCCAGGAGCACGCCACCCAGAUCAUCGUCUUCUUGGUCUGCAUCGCCACCUCUGUGCUCAACACGCAGUGCUUCGGGGAGGUCACCUCGGCCAUCGUGGCCGAGCUGCAGCUCGUGGAGCGCAGCCAGGGGCUGGGCCAGGAGGUGGGGCGGGUGGCCAGCGAGCCCAGCAGGCGGCUCUACGCCUCCGACCCCAGAUACCGGCAGCUGRCCCAGCGCUUCACCCUCUACCACGCUCUGUCCUCCCUCUGCAACCUCUGCUGCAUCGUGUGCAACGGGCUGAGCCUGUACCACCUGGCUGCCCAGCUCCCUGCCCUCUGAGGGCCACCCAGAGCCCACCCCUGCAACCCUGAGCUUUGGACAUUAAACUGCAGCAUCCCCAGGUGCAGAUAACUCUGGCUGUGUUUGUGCACGCUGCAGAAAUUUAGGAAUUGUGAAAUGGAGAUGUUUUCUCCAGAGCUGUCUGCAGCUAGCCUCUGUGAUGGAAGCAGGAGUGUUUUAUGGCUGAACAGCUUUCUAAUGCCCYGURMAUUAGCUGUGGCUAAAGCUGCAGCRUAUUCCUGCAGUCWCAGACAGACUGCAGAAGAGAAAGGAAUGAGAGAUUGCAAAUUAAUUCUAAUUAAAAGCCAAAAGCUAAUAGAGAAGCGCAGAAGCCCCUGCAUGUUGGCUGGAUCAGUUCAGGUAAUGGAUAAGGUUAUGUUUGGGUUUACUGUGUUUGCCAUUCUCUCCUAUUUCACAAGGCAAGAAAAAGACGUUGUCUCAUUC